GCACUAGGUUUCCCUUCCUCCGGACGAUCACGUAUUAUGCUUCGAUUCCCUUUACUACAUAAGCGCUCAUCAUACAUGGGAAUGGGAAAUAGACGAUUCUCUUGCAUGGAGAUUUGUAGGCCAACGCAUGCGGUGGACUGCGAGCAUGGAAAAGAUUGCCGAUGCGCAUGCCUGACGCGCCAUGAAUGAACCAACUCACUAUAUAUCGAUCCACAUAUGGCACGGCGACUUCAGCCAGCAAUGCGAGGAGUUUCCUGUGGAUCAGUGCUUCGCCCUGUUGUCUGUUAUUGCGCGCAGGGUGUCUGAGGUACAAAAAGAACUUCGCAUACGAAAAGGGAUUGAGGCCACGCAUUGUGGUCAGAUGUUGGGGCGGUUGGGGCGGACGUGGGUAGAUUAUGCGGCGGAAGGGACAGAGGAGAUCUAUGGAAAAUCGGCAUCCGGUGUUCAUCCAUGCCAUCAUUCGGUGGAAUGGAACUGGCUUCGUUGGCACUCGUGGUUCGAGGAUGUCCACACUAGCUAUGUAGUCGUAGGAUACAGUCGUGGCAUGACGGAGUGACUCGGCUCAUUAGAUGGGGGUGGCCGGGUGCGAACGACCACUGAUGCUGAUUGGAAUGCUAGAAUCGAGACUAAUUUGCGCUUCACA